AUGUCGAACGACCUCUCCUCAAUAACGUCUUUAGUUGACAAUGCGACUUUGGACUAUGAUAACAACUGCAAAAUCAAGAUUAAUCCAUUGACUUUGCCCUACUUUCAACAAGCGUUCAUCUCAGCAUAUUUUGCGAUUUUCUGUGUUGCCAUAUUCGGAAACUUUUUGGUUAUCUAUGUAGUUAUGAAGAACAAACGUAUGCAAACAAUCACAAACAUUUUCAUCACAAACCUUGCUGUUUCGGAUCUUAUGGUUAAUUUCACGUCGUUGUGGCUUACUCCGACAUACACCAAAAUAGGGCAUUGGGUAUUUGGAGGCGGUUUGUGUCAUGGACUACCACUGUUCCAAGGUACAAGUAUCUUCAUCAGUACAUGGACAUUAACAGCAAUUGCAAUCGAUCGAUACAUCGUGAUAGUGCACAACUCGUCAAAUAUCAAUAUCAAUGAUCGAAUGUCGAUGAAAUCCUGUCUCGCUAUCAUUGUUUUUAUUUGGGGUGCGUCCUUACUCAUGGUCGCCCCUUAUGGUAUCAACAUGAAACUCAUCCAUAUUCCUGCGCCUUGUAACUUCUAUGUUUGUCAAGAGGACUGGGCUGAUCAACACUUCCGUUCCACAUUUGGCCUGGUGGUGAUGACUCUUCAGUUCAUCGUCCCAUUCGUGCUUAUUGCAAUCAGCUAUACAAAAAUCUGGUUGUUCUUAAAUAGUCGUCACAGUAUGACUGAAAGAAAAUCGGAUAUUAAGCGGAAGAAGCGUCUUCUUCGGAUGUUGAUUUGCAUGGUUGUCAUUUUCGCAAUCUGCUGGUUCCCAUUCAAUUUGCUAAACUGCCUGCGAGAUUUGAAAUUUGUGGAUUUCUCUAACUACUUCGUCAUGGUUUUCACCCCGGUUCACCUUAUAAGUAUGACGGCGACGGCGUGGAAUCCGAUUCUUUACGCUUUGAAGAAUGAUACCUUCCGAGAAGAAUUCGCAAAAGUGGUUCCAUGGCUGUUUGCUGGUCGCCCAGGAUCUGGACCCAUCCGCGUUAUCACUGAACGCACCGCAAUGAUUGCCAACCCAUUUCGCCGGGGUAAUCAGAAGAAAGCUACCUCUACCCCCACUGAGGAGCAACCAGUUACAGUGGUUUCCGAGAGUCCAAGCCAAGCAGCACCAGAGCCAGUGCGCAGCAUUGUGUACCUCGAUGAACCUGAAAACGGAUCGAGCUGCCAGACGCUUCUGCUUUAA